AACUGAAAUUUCACGGCUACUACACUAAUAACAAGCUACGAGCAAUAUAUUUCUCAAGAAUCAUUUUAUUUUCCUAAAAAUAUUUACAAAUAAACAAAAUGGAUUUUCAAUUUAAUUUGCCUCUUACCUCUGGAGAUUUAUUGAAUUCCAGUGGAGAUAAUUAUUAUGUUAAGCAAUUGUAUAGUCCAUCAGAAAUUCCGGAAAAAUUAAAAGUUUGCAAGCAAAUGCUAUAUCAAGGUGAUCCUUUCUAUAUAUUCGAUCAUUUCGACACCUUUUAUGCUGUAAUUGAAAAUAAGAACACUGAUUCUGCGGCUAUGACAAAUCUGAUGCGUAGCUUUGAUUUGCUGUAUUUGACUAUUGACAAGCUGGGAAAUCGUUUGGCGCCCUUCCUGGCCGUCAGUGAGCCACCGACAAAUCAAGAACGCAAUGCCCAUCUAAAUCUAACCAAGAUGUGUAUGUUUUUAAUUGUGAAUGUGGUGAGGAAAAUCGACAGCAAUAUUUUGCGUUUGCAACAGCAACAACAGACCAAUCAGCAAAAGAAGCGAGGGAAAAAUGCCGAUACAGUAGAACAGUAUCCUGAUUGGGAAAACAAAAGGGGCAAGUUUUUGGUACAGUUAUACAAUGUUCUGCAAUUUCCAUUAGAGAAACUAUGGAGUCCGCCCAUGGCCGAGGAGAAUUUUGUGAAUUUAAUUUGUGACAUUUGUUAUCGUACUUUGGAAAUGUUACAUGUCCGUCCCGACAAUCGUCACAUUGUUGAGACAGUUUUUCAAAUUUUCGGCACAGCAAUUAAACGUUAUCAACAUGCUAUGAAUUUUCCAGUACGUAUACUGCAAAUCCUUAGGACGGUAGAGCAUGCAGCUGUUUCCAUUGCCAAUGGCAUCAAUAUCUUGCAUGAGGAGUACAACAUAACGAGCGUCUUCUCUGUGCUGAUAAAGGAAAUUGUAGAAUGUUUAACAUUGGACUCGGCAGAUUCAAAUGUUUCAAGGAAUUUCUCUAAUUUCCUAAUGCAUUCAGCCUCAGUGGCUCCGAAGCUGAUGAUACCCCAUAUAUCCACGCUAUGUGAUGAAUUGCUGAAUUGUGAAUCCUAUUUAUUGAGAAAUUGUAUUUUACAAAUUAUGGGUGAUGCAAUUGUGGGUGAAUUAACAUCUGAGGAACUUUCCGAGGAGCUGAAGGAGGCACGUAAUGAAUUUUUGGAAAAUCUUUUAAUGCACAUCAAUGACGUAUCGGCUCAUGUGCGUUCCAAGGUUUUGCAAAUUUGGCAUCACAUGAAGGAGGAACAGGCAGUGCCUUUAUCUUUUCAAUUGAAAGUACUAUCGGAGGCAGUGGAACGUUUAGAAGAUCGUACUUCCUCGGUGCGCAAGCAUGCAGUACAAUUAAUUAAAGCAUUUUUGGAGAGGAAUCCAUUUUCGGCCAAGCUGACAUUGGAAGAGUUACAAAAGAAACACAAUGAGGAGGUAGAGAAAAUGGAAAAACUUACCGAAACAUUGGCGGAGGAACGUAAAAAGGCGGAAGAGAUAGAAGAGAAAUGGACGUUAGUUAUACCAGAUAUUUUGCCAUUUGUGGAAGAAAGCCUAAAAGAAAAUAAUGAACCCACCGAGACUCAGGAGAACUAUGAAGAUUUGGUGCAGCGCAUCUCAACAAUGUUAUUGGAGAAAAACUACAAAGAAGCUGUAGUUUUGGUGCGCAAAGCUGACCAUGUUGCGGGAAAUUCGGAGCUGCGUUUAUCUCUGCGUCAUGAGGAACAAUGUGCAUAUUAUAUGGCGCUAUUGAAGUCCUAUAUAUUUCUGGCGAACGGAUGCAAAGACAGCAAUGAAGAACUGGGAACACAAAUAAAAACUGUUCAAUUUCUGCAAGAUUCUAUUGAGUUCUCAAAAGCAGUUUCGCGGGCAAUGCCAAAAUUAUUGGAAAUGUUACUUUCCAAAACAAACACUGAUGUCUAUGAGGCUGUAGAUCUCUUUACUACCGGCUACAUGUUCGGCAUUAAGGGAACCGAGGUUGGAAUGCGUCAAAUGUUGUACUUGGUAUGGUCGUCGGAUAAGGAGAAACGAGACGCUGUUUCAGAUGCCUAUAAGAAAGUAUUAUUUACAACAGACCAAACCGGACGAGCCCACGCCCUUCGUGUGGUACAGAAUCUUUCCAUGUUCCUGGAAGGCAUCGAAUAUGGUCAUUACACAGCAUUGGAAUGCUUAGUACGCGAAUGGGUAAAUAAUGAAGACAUUGAUGCGAAUGUCGUACAAGUUCUAUUUGAACGUUUCACUCUGAAAUUGGAAGGAACUACUGACAACGAAUCACGUUUAGCAUUACAACUCCUGAUAAUGUGCUCUUAUGCCAAAUCGUCAAUAGCAUCAGCGAAUAUCAAUAUAAUUGAAGGUAUUGGCCUGGGUCAAAGAGGCAAACAAGACCCUCGCAUCUAUGCCAGUUGCUUGGAGUUCUGGUUGAAUUCCAUUGAUCAAUCGUUGACAUCGAAAUACUAUAAAAGAUAUGAUGCCGAUUCACCGGUAGUACAAAAAAUCAUCGACAUGUUCUUGAAAUUCUUUUUCCAUCCACGUAUUCCCGAUUUUGAUAAACUUACCAUGAACACACUGCAAUUCUUCUAUCAAAUGUGUCAGACACCCGAUGUCAUUUGCCAGAAUAUCGUAAAGGAUUUGUUGAAAAAAUUCAAAGCAUUUGCAAUGAAGCUGUGUGAAAUAACAGCAUCCCAACAGGCACAGGCGCAUGAGACACCAUUCUCGCAACAAAUACCCGGCACACAGUGCACCCAAUUGACACAGACUAUGCCAUCACAGAUUGGUGGUGCUGGUCUGGUACAAAUGAAAAUGCCGGUGUUUUUGUUGACACGUUUUAUUUUCAUGAUUGGCUAUAUAACUCUCAAGGAAAUGAUAUUCUUGGACAUUGAUGUCUAUAACAAUAUGAAAUUUCGUCAGGAGCUUAAAGAGUGUGAAGAGAAGAAAAAGAAAACAGCAUUCAAUUCAACUCGUCGUACAACCACAAAUCUUAAUAUGUCUGCCACAGAGUCACUAAAGCGUUUAUCGGUUGCUGCUGCUGAGCCACAGCAAGAGCCCGAUGAAGAUUUGGUGGGAGCCACAGCUGAAGACAACAUUGCCGAACUUAUCAAUCACAUUUGCGAAGAAGUCUUAUUGUAUGGGCAAAAUUCAUUACUGGUCAAAAUUUUCCCAUAUGUAAUGGAAAUUUGUAAAUAUCCGGUUAAAUAUCGCGAUGCCUCCCUUCAGCAGGCUGCUACUUUGGCGUUGAUACGUUUCAUGAGCGUAUCAUCACGUUUCUGCGAGGCCAAUAUGCCAUUCCUGAUGAACAUUUUGAGUCAUUCGAAAAAUAUUAAAAUCAAAUGUAACAUUGUCAUCGGUCUAUCGGAUUUAACGUUUCGUUUUCCCAAUAUCAUUGAGCCGUGGACGGGUCAUUUCUAUUCCACGCUGCAUGAAGAGGACACUGAGCUUCGUUUGACGGCUGUGAAAAUGUUGUCACAUUUGAUUUUACAUGAAAUGAUUCGCGUUAAAGGACAAAUUGCCGAUUUGGCAAUGUGCAUCGUUGAUCCCCAUGAUGAAAUUAAGAAUAUCACCCAACAAUUCUUUAAGGAAAUUGCAAAUAAAUCAAAUAUUCUUUAUAAUGUGUUGCCCGACAUAAUUUCAAAAUUGAGCGAUACCUCACAGAAUUUGGAAGAGGAAAAAUAUCGAAUUAUUAUGCGAUAUAUUCUCAAUCUGAUUCAAAAAGAUCGUCAAGUCGAAACAUUGGUGGAAAAACUUUGCCUCCGCUUCCCAGUAACCCGUGAAGAGCGUCAAUGGCGUGAUAUUGCCUACUGCCUGAGUUUACUAAGCUACAAUGAGAAGACAAUUAAGAAGCUCAUCGAUAACAUUCAAUAUUACAAAGAUAAGGUACAAAUUGAUGAAGUGCAUCAAUCAUUUAAACUGAUUAUUUCGAAUACCUCCAAAUUGGCCAAACCGGAAUUGAAAACUUUAGUAACCGAAUUGGAAACACGUAUAAACGAAUGUCUACAGGUCAAAGAACCUGGAGAGGAAGGGGAAAACCAAGAACAUGACAAAGAAAAUGCUCCCGAUGCCGUCUCAAAUACUCAAAAUAAAACUAAAAGUACAACGAAAAAUAAAGCAAAAGGAGGGGCAUCCCAAUCACGCCGUAAUAGACAAAGGAAAUCAUCAACAUCCGAAGAGUCUUCUUCUUCGGAGGAUGAAGCACCCAAAAGAGGUGCAGCAGCCAGACAAGCUGCUGCUGCAGCAGGUCGUCGUAAAAAACAGCAAUCAUCACAGGCCAGUGAUUCCAGUGAUUCAGACGCCCCACAACCACCUGCGAGCACUUCAAAGAAAGGCAGUAAUGUUUCACAUUCAUCGUCCAGGCGUCCAGGUCGUCCGGCUGCUUCUACUUCUUCACGUAGCAAAGUUAUUCAAGAGACUGGAAGUUCAGAUGAUGAUGUACCCCAGCGUAAACGUGGCCGUAAAAAUAGAUAAAUGUUUGCUAUGCAAAAUUGUUUUAUUUUUAUGUUAUAUACGCAUAGUUUGUUUAAAAUUUUGUCUUAUAUACAAACAAAUUAUACAUACAUGCAUAUUUUAUACAUAUAUUUAAAUAAAUCAUUUCUUUUUUGAAUGAAA